GUUUUAUAUAAUUUUAAUAUGAGUCUUCAAGAGCCUCUUCUCGAUGCUGGUUCAGAACCCAAGGAAUUUGGGGUGGACAAAACCACUUUAAUGAACCUUUUUGAGACAAAAAAUAGAAUUUCAGAUGACGCUGAUGUAAUCAGCAAUGGAAGAAACAAGCUAGCAGAGCUUGGUAAUUCUGAAGGACUAUUAAAGGCUCUUGAUUCCAGAGAACAUCACGGAAUCGACGAUACUGCGGGUGCUAUUGACAAAAGAGCGAAGAAGUACGGAAACAAUGAAAGGAGAGUAAUCAAAACUAGAGGAAUCUGAGAGAUGAUCAUGGAACAACUUGAAGAUAAAAUCCUAAGAAUCCUGAUCCUUGCUGCCCUCGUUUCACUGUGUAUUGGAAUUUGGCAGGAGGGUAUUGAAAAAGGAUGGAUCGAAGGCAUCACAAUCUACCUAGCUGUUGGAAUUAUUAUCACUGUGACAGUUGGUAAUGACUAUGUUAAGGAGAAGCAAUUCAGAAAGCUUAUGGAAGCUAGAGAAAACAAUUAUUGUACUGUGAUUAGAAAUGGAAAACACGAGUAUAUCUCAAUCUACAAGUUGCUGGUGGGGGACAUUGUCCAAAUCAGCGAAGGAGAUAGUGUUCCUGCAGAUAUUGUAUUGCUGAGAGCUACAAAGAUUACUGCAGAUGAAUCUAAUAUCACAGGAGAGCCUGAGCACCUUGAGAAGACCGGACUUGCUGAUGAAGAUGAAGCUACUCCAGAAUCAGAUCCAUUCAUUCUCGCAAAAAGUACUAUUAUGAGUGGAAAGGGAGUAGGAGUUAUAUGUGCUGUCGGAAAAUGUACUCAACAAGGACAAGCUGAAGAAAAGCUAAACACUGAAGCAGAGGUCACACCUCUACAAGCUAAGCUCGAGAUCAUUGCUGACUUCAUUGGAAUGGUUGGUAUCUACGCUGCUAUUUUCACAUUCUUUGCUUCAGCAAUCAAUUUAUCUGUUUCCAAAUAUCUGAAUGGUGAUGAAUACUUGACUCUUGAGACAGUAAACAAGCUCUUAGACUGUGUAAUCCUCUCUAUCACUAUUGUUGUCGUUGCAGUCCCUGAAGGACUUCCAUUAGCUGUUACAAUCAGUUUGGCCUUUUCAGUAAUGAAAAUGAAGAAAGACAACAACCUUGUGAGAAGACUAGAUGCUUCAGAAACCAUGGGAGGAGCUGACCAAAUUUGCUCUGAUAAGACUGGGACUUUGACUCAAAACAAAAUGAGUGUAGUCAAAUGCUACACUGAGGACAGAAUUGAAGAUAAAAUCGACCACUGCACUGAGGAUGUAAAGAAGAACUUCUUUUUGAAUGUUGGCCUCAACUCCACAGCUCAGUUGCUUAUUGAUGAAGAAAAUGACGGAAAGGAAGUAAGAAAAGGAAACCAGACAGAAUGUGGACUUCUUGACUUUAUUAGAAAAUAUGGAGCUGAUUACCAAGAGAUCAGAUCAACGAAUGAAGAGAUCUAUGGAAUUCCAUUCUCAAGUUCUAGGAAGAGAAUGACUACUGUUACCAACUCUCCAUUUGAUACUGAUAAGUACAUUGUUCUUACUAAGGGAGCCUCAGAGAUCAUUCUCGCACUCUGUACCCAAUACGUUGGUGAGGGAGGAGUUUCAGAAGAACUUGAAGAGGGAAAGGUUGAAGAGAUUAAGGACAAGGUCAUCGCUAAUUUUGCAGACCAAGCUUACAGAACUCUCACUAUUGCAUUCAAAGAAAUCUCAAAAGAAGAAUAUGAGAAGGUCUAUAAAGAUGCUGAUUCAGAAGAUGACACCCAGAUGGAAGAAUUCCUUGAAAGUGAACUUACUCUGCUAUCUAUUGUGGGUAUUCAGGAUCCUCUAAGAGAUGGAAUCCCAGAAGCUGUUGGUCGCUGCAAGAGAGCUGGAGUUACAGUUAGAAUGGUCACUGGAGAUAACCUCUCUACAGCUAAAGCUAUUGCUAAGAAUGCAGGGAUCUUGACCGAAGCUGAAGCAAAAUCUAAGUAUGCUGCUAUUGAUGGAGAGACUUUCAGAAAUGAAGUAGGAGGACUUAUUGAAGUAACUGAUGAUAAAGGAAAGAUUACUGAAAAAGUAAAACACGAGCACAAAUUUAUUGAAAUCAUUAGUCAGUUGAAGGUUCUUGCAAGAUCUUCCCCUCAAGACAAGUAUCUAUUAGUAACAGGAUUAAGAAAUCAAGGAGCUGUAGUAGCUGUCACAGGAGAUGGAACUAAUGAUGCCCCAGCAUUGAAGAAAUCAGACGUUGGAUUCGCUAUGGGUAUUGCUGGAACAGAAGUAGCCAAGGAAGCCUCUGAUAUCAUUCUGCUUGACGAUAAUUUCAAAACAAUCAUUACCGCUAUUAUGUGGGGAAGAAAUAUCUAUGCUUCUGUGAGAAAAUUCUUGCAAUUCCAAGUCACUAUCAACAUUGUUGCUAUUUUCAUUGCCUUUAUUGGAGGAGUUGUGAUGGGAGAGAGUCCAUUGACAACAGUCCAACUCUUGUGGGUCAAUCUUAUUAUGGAUACAUUCGCUGCCCUUGCCUUAGCAACUGAACCACCUAAGCCUGAACUUCUCGAAGAUAAGCCUCACUCAAGAGAUGACAAUAUCAUGAACUCUGUAAUGUGGAGAAAUGUUAUUGGUCAAGCUAUCUACCAAAUCUGUGUGCUCUGUGUCCUUCUCUUUGCUGGAGACAUGAUUUUUGGAGUUGAGAAGAGAGGUAUCGAUGAAAAAUGGAACCAACAGAAUGGAGUCCACUUCACACUGAUCUUCCACACAUUUGUCAUGAUGCAAGUUUUUAAUGAAAUUAAUUGAAGAAAACUAGGUGCCAGAGAAUUUAAUGUGUUCGAAGGGUUCUUCAACAACUGGCUCUUCUUGUUCAUUGAAAUUGUUACUAUUAUUGUCCAGGUUGGACUUGUAGAAGUCGGAGGAGAAGCAGUUAAAACUUCUCAUUUAACUCUUGCACAACACGGAUACUGUAUUGCUAUUGGAUUUGGAUCUAUCAUCUUCGGGUUCUUCCUCAAGCUCAUUCCUAGAAGAAUGUUUGUAUUCAAUCUUGACGAUAAAUCUGUCGAAAGAUCCGGAUCCAUCAAGGGAUUGACAAACUUGAGAAAAUCUUCAAGACUUCUUCAGAGAAAGAUGACAAGAGUAGGCUCAGAGAAGAACCUCGGUGAAAAAGAAGUAGCUAAAUUCAAAGCACUCAAAUCAAUGAAGACUUAUAAGUACUAAUUUAUCUUUUG